AGGCGGCUCGGCUCGACAGGCAGUCGCGACAGCACCUAGCGCGCGCGCGCGGCCAGUGAACCGCGGACCACCCCCCCCGGCGAAAUGGCGUUCGUCAAAGUCCUCAAGAACAAGGCCUACUUCAAGCGCUUCCAGGUGAAGAAGAGGCGCCGACGCGAGGGCAAGACGGACUUCCACGCUCGCUGCAAGAUGGUGCGGCAGGACAAGAACAAGUUCAACAACAAGAAGUACCGGCUCAUCGUUCGCAUCACCAACAGCAGGGUCAUUUGCCAGAUUGCCUACGCGACCAUCCGCGGUGACAUGAUCGUGGCCGCAGCAAGCAGCGACGAGCUCUCCAAGUACGGCGUCCCCGCCGGCUACAAGAACUACGCGGCCUGCUACUGCACGGGCCUGCUCGUUGCCCGCCGCGUGCUCAAGUCCAUGGGCCUCGACGAGACGUUCAAGGGCAAAGAGGAGAUCGACGGCGAGGAGUACCACGUCGAGGACGAGGAGAACGAGAGGCGGCCGCUGAAGUGCAUCUUGGACGUCGGCCUCCGGCGCACCUGCGCGGGCGCGCGCAUGUGGGGGGCGCUGAAGGGCGCCGUGGACGGCGGGCUCCACAUCCCGCACAGCACCAAGAACUUCCCCGGCUACAAGGCGCCCGACGAGAAGGGCCAGGACCCGGAGUACGACGCCGAGGCGCACAAGGACCGCAUCUUCGGCGGCCACGUCAAGGAGUACAUGGAGAUGCUGGCGGAGGAGGACCCGACAAAGUACGAGGCCCACUUCGCCAAGUACAUCGAGGCGGACAUCGACGCGGACAAGCUCGAGGACAUGUACAGCGAGGCCCACGACAAGAUCAAGGAGGACCCCGACCGCGAGGAGAAGGAGAAGAAGGACGUCAGCCACACGCACAAGGGCAACAAGGUCACCAGCUCGGACGGCACCGAGCACGUCCGCAGCGUGAAGCUGUCACUGAAGCAGCGCCGCGAGAAGGUGGCGGCGAAGAUCCAGGCCGCGCAGGCCCGCAUGCUGGCGGCGGAGGACUGAGAGGCCGCCGCGGGCGGGAGGGCGGCCGCGCCGACGGCGAGGGAGCCCGCAGGCGCGCUGCCGCGAGCGAA